AUAAUGGACUUAUUGCUUUGUUACAAAACUCUUCAUGUUUUCUUUGUAUGUUCUCUGCCUAGCACCUCGUAUCAUCACAUUAUUAGAGACAGUGGAUGUACUACUGGAUCACAAUGCCACCUUUAUCUGUGAGGUGGAAUCCCGCCCCCCCGCUGACAUCACUUGGACCAAGAAUAAUCAACCAAUAAUGUACUAUGACCCACGGUACAUUACCAGGGAGCAGGGACAGAUGCUAAUCAUCCCUCAUGUAAGAGAGUCAGACAAUGGAGAGUACUGCUGCCUUGCCACUAAUGGCAUUGGAGAGCCAGCCAAGAGCUGUGGAGCUCUGCAGCUAAAGAUGAAGCCACAGAUCAAACGCCACCCAACUAAUGUAACCCUUCUGGUUGAAUCCAAAGCCGUGUUGCCUUGUGUUACUCUUGGCAACCCCAAACCAGAUGUCACCUGGCUCAAAGAUGAUGAGCUUAUUAAGGUCACUGACCGUGUUACCAUUCUUGACUAUGGUGCGUUGAAGAUCCAUAACAUACAAAAGGAAGAUGCAGGACAGUAUCGCUGUGUGGCCAGGAAUAGCUUUGGCUUGGCCUUUUCCAAACCUGUCACCAUAGAAGUACAGGCUCCAGCACGGAUCCUGCGAGUUCCCAAGGAGAAAAGAGUAGCGUAUGGCAGCCAGAUCUCUCUGGAGUGUAACGCCACAGGAAAUCCGAUCCCCACCAUCACCUGGCUGGAAAAUGGGAAUACUAUCUCAGGCGCAUCAGUCGAUGAGACCUUGGUGGGAGAGGUGAUCUUGUCCGUUCUUAAAGUGACUGUGAAUAAGCCGGCUCUGUAUACAUGUCAGGCGUCCAACAGACACAGUGCUGGAGUCAACACCGUCAAAGCAACAGCUAAAGUCACUGUCGCAGAGUGGAGACUCUACAGGGGCAUCUCAGGCUACUGCAGUGCGUAUCGUGGAGAUGUGUGCCGCACCAUUCUGCGAGAUGAUUCGCUAGUUUUCUUUAACACCUCCCUCUCGGACCCCGAGGACAUGCAGGAGUACCUGGUUCAGAGCUGGUGGGCAGAGCUAGAAGGACUCAGUAUGGUGUGUAGCCCUGCAUUACGCUCACUGAUCUGUCACACCUCCUUCCCCGACUGCAACCCAUCAGGUUUAGGACCUGCACCUAAACCUGUCUGCAGGGAACACUGCCUUGCAGUGAGGGAGCUGUACUGCCAUAAGGAGUGGUUACUACUACUAGAGGGCAGCAGUUACAGCUCUGUCACUGGGUCCCACACUCCUAGUUCGCUGCUGCCCAACUGUCAGACUUUACCAAGUCUUCUCACAGACCCUGAUGCUUGUACACAUGUCCCUUUUGUAGACAUCAAGAAAGAUCACGUUACAACAACAUGUUACAAUGACAGAGGGCGUUUCUAUCAAGGCAGCAUAAAUGUGACGAGGUCUGGGAUACCAUGUCAGCCUUGGAACCAACAGGUUCCCCACCAGCACCGCCUGUCUGUGGAUGUCAUUCCAGAGUUGAAGAACUCAGACAAUCACUGCAGGAACCCAGGAGGAAUCAGUGACAAGCCCUGGUGUUACACCUCAAAUCCCAACAUACGCUGGGAGUACUGCGCCGUGCCACAGUGUGGCGAGGCAAGCACAAGACCAGUAAUGAAGCCAGAGUCACCGGGCCCCCGUCAGACACCUCGUGUCCCUCCCACGUCCACAGCAUCGUCUCCGGCUUACUCCAUGUCCGUCAUUGUUAUUGUCUUGACUGCACUUGCUGCCGCAGUCUUCCUCGGCAUUACCAUCCUCGCCUGCCGCAGACGCAGGAAACAGUGGAGGAACAGGAAGAGAGAGAUGGAGACCCCGAAACUCACUGCUCUUCCGUCUGAGCUCCUGCUGGAUCGACUCCACCCAAACCCCAUGUACCAGCGGGUUCCCCUGCUGCUGAACUCAAAGCUGCUGGCCCUGGAGUAUCCUCGAAAUAAUAUCCAAUAUGUUAGAGAUAUUGGAGAGGGAGCCUUCGGACGGGUUUUCCAAGCCAGAGCACCAGGCCUGCUGCCAAUGGAGUCCUUCACAAUGGUGGCAGUGAAGAUGCUGAAGGAGGAAGCCUCAGCUGACAUGCAGAAUGACUUCCAGAGAGAGGCAGCACUCAUGGCACAAUUUGACCAUCCAAACAUCGUACGGCUCCUAGGUGUGUGUGCAGUGGGUAAACCCAUGUGCCUGAUGUUCGAGUACAUGGCCCAUGGUGACCUCAAUGAGUUCCUGCGUCGUCGAUCUCCAAACCAAUCGGUGCGCACCCUCAGCCGUGCCAGCCUAUCGGGUCGCAGUUUCUCCUCUGAGCUGGAGGCAGGACUACUCUCCUGUGUUGAGCAAUUGUCUAUUUCCAAGCAGAUCGCGGCAGGAAUGGCCUACCUAUCAGAGCGCAAGUUUGUCCAUCGCGACCUUGCGACUCGGAACUGCUUGGUUGGGGAGGAAAUGGAGGUGAAGAUCGCAGACUUCGGCCUCUCAAGAAACAUAUACUCAGCUGAUUACUACAAAGCCAAUGAGAAUGACGCCAUCCCCAUUCGCUGGAUGCCUCCAGAGUCUAUUUUCUAUAACCGCUACACCACUGAAUCAGAUGUGUGGGCCUAUGGUGUGGUGUUAUGGGAGAUUUUCUCCCAUGGGAUGCAGCCGUAUUACGGCAUGGGCCAUGAGGAAGUUAUUUACUAUGUGAGGGAUGGUCACAUCCUUUCCUGUCCUGAGAACUGUCCUCUGGAACUGUACAAUCUGAUGAGGCUUUGUUGGAGCACACAUCCAUCAGAUAGGCCCAGCUUCAGUAGUAUACAUCGAAUACUGGAGCGUAUGCAUCAAAACACACUAAACACUGACACUGAGCCUGACUGCUAAUGUGGGAAAAAAUGGUUUCCUUGUGCAAAUAACCAUUGUGUUAUGAUGUUCCACCUCAACUGAACCCUGACACUGAGCCUGAGCAUACAAAGAAUACUCGUAGUGAAAUGAUAGUCAUUUUUGCCCAGUUUUUCUUUUCGGGAGACUCAAACUGGUACCAAACCUUUUUGUUUUAUCUUGACCAGCAGUUUCCAUCAGAUAGGUCUGCUGUUAAAUGCAUGUAUGAACCCUUAGCCAUUUGAAAGCUGGCUUAAUGUGCGCAUGUGGAAUUGUUGGAUUUUUUUUUUCUUCUUCAUUUUUAAGUUUUCAAGCAGUUUUGGCAAAUGUGAUAAUGCAAUUUAUUUGUCCCUUAGAGAGGUGGUAAAGAAUGUGGAAUGUCAUUCACUUUGUUAGUGCCAUGUUGACAUAGUUAAUACUUCAAAGUAUCUACUUUUCAAAGACUACCUUGCUUGUUUUAGUCACCUCUAGCUAAUUCCACAGUGGCACAAAAUCACUUUAAACUAUAACCAGUUGACUGUUUUUAUAGAGAAGUUGUUAUUCCAUUUUUGGGCAUUAUUAUUUUACUUUUUGAUUUCUUUGUCACUAUGUUGUAGAUGUUUUUUUUUCCACUUCAGUUUUACUUAUUUUUGACAGUGUUUGACACACAGAGUUUGGCAUAACAAGUAGUGCAGGGCAUUGACAAAAUCUGUAUAAAGUUUAUUAAUGAAUUCUUGACAUCUCUAAUGAAGUCUCUCACUGAAGCACAGACACACAGAUUUGUUUAAAUAUAACUGCAGAAUCUCAUUAACAGGAUUCAUUCUCAUGCCUUAUAAUAGACUCUUUACGAAGUGAGGAAUGGCCAAAAUGCCCUCAAUCUGCAAAAAUAUCUUCAUUCUGAAUGAAUUAAUCUUUAAUUGGUUCUCACAAAUAUAGAAACUCAUUUCAACUGUGUUUAAUUAAAUUGGGGCUUUAUUAUUACACAAUUUGACUACAGUAUUAACAACAUUGCUUGUGUUGUAAAUCUUUUGAGUCAUUACUCAACACAGUUUUUGUUUAGUAAAUGUAUUUAAUUAAGAGAUUAAUAUGAAAUGAAAGAAAAUAUCUAUCAUGUUAACUAGA